AAAUAUAUUGAUCGAUCGACGGUGGAAAAACGCCGUGCUGGUGGCGGAGUGAUGUCUACCGUCCUCUGUAGUCUUCACAGUCGCGAUUAGAACACGAUUUUGCUUCAAUAUUCAUCUCUAUUGACAACCGUUAUUAUAGAUUAAAGUAUCUAAACAAUUUCGGAUUCGUUAACGCUCAAACCAGAAGAAGUUUCUCCAUCAUCCGAAUGAAGUUUCACUGUUCCGAUCAGCAAUGAGAAUUUUAGAAAUUAUGUUUCUCCGGUAUUCCGUAAUUUCACUCUAGUCAUCAUAAUUAGGAUGGAAGAGCUAGGGCUUGGGCUUGUAUCGCUACUACGGAUAGCGUGGAUCGCUGCUACGUUGCCGAUUCUUGUUGCAUGGUUGCCGUUGCCCGGGCUCGGUUGGUUUCGCAGAGCACUGUUGAGUUUUGCUAGGAGAGGGAAGAUUUUACAGUCCAAUACUAAAUUAACCGUGCCUCAAAGAUUCUUCUCUCACUUUUACGUGGUGGCCAUCUUCUGGACAACUAUCUUGCUUGCUGCAGUGUGGUAUUACGCAAUCAAGAUGCUACCAUCACUUAUUGAACAAGAUGUCUUUUCCACUAUAACCAGUCACUUGACCGGUGGUUCUCAUGCCUUCUCCUUGAAUAAAUCUCUCUCUAUGAGAGAACACGUAUAUAACGUUUGGCUGUCUGUGUUUCUACUUUUGCUAAUGGAAGCUCAAGUUCUGAGACGCUUCUAUGAAACAAUCUACGUUUUCGACUACAGUCCAUCAGCUCGAAUGCACAUCUUCGGUUAUCUUGCCGGCCUAUUUUUCUAUACAGCAGCUCCUCUGUCACUAUGCUGUACUUUUGCACCUGAAGUGUUCGACUUUGUGAAGAAUCUGGUGGCGGAAUUUAUUGUGAAGGGAAAGGACCGAAUGUCGAAGCCAGAGUUUAAUAUAUGGAUGUUUGUGACUCCUUUUUUGAGGCUUCGAUGGUAUGCGUGGAUAGGUGCAGUUAUAUUCUUUUGGGGUUGGGUACAUCAGUACCGUUGUCAUGAAAUUCUUGGUUCCUUGCGAGAAAAAACCGAAAAGCUGGAGGAGUAUGUGAUCCCUUAUGGUGAUUGGUUCGAAUACGUAUCAUCUCCGCACUACUCAGCCGAAAUUGUCAUCUAUGGUGGUCUUCUGGUGGCUAGUGGUGGUGCAGAUCUCUCAUUGUGGUUGCUUUUUGCAUUCGUGGUGGCGAAUCUUGUUUUUGCAGCAACAGAAACACAAAGGUGGUACCUGCAUAAAUUUGACGAUUACCCUCCUAAUCGAUACGCUAUUUUCCCUUUUGUUUAUUAGCCAGUUUUGCAAGUAAGUUGUUUCUGUAGAGUUCUGGAGCAAAUUUGUGAAAGACUUGUUCGCAUAGGUUGCGAACUUAAAUUUUGUUUUUUUUUUCUUUUAUUUGUAAGUUGGUGGUUGAAUAAGUUACUACUUUACACUUAACAUCAGGUCAUCAACCUAUCUUCUUUCAUGUUACCUUAAGUGAAUGGCCAUGUGAAUUAGUGGCAA